AUGCCAUACAAUUAUGAAGAUUAUAUUCCUGUAGAAGGUGCAGUUUGUCCUAUAUGUCAACAAAUCUGUUCUUCUCUUCAAACUUUAAACUUGCAUUUGGAUACCACUCAUAGUGAAGAAGAUACAAAAGGUGCUUUAUUAUCUUGGUUUAAACAAGCACAAAAAAAAGUUCAAACCACUCUUACUAAGCCAGGAAAUACAACAUCACCACCAUCUUCAUCUCCCAUAUUUAAACCUUUCAGUGAACCUUCUUUUAUAGCUCAAUUCCAACAACUUACAACACAAACUCGCCCUGAUUUCUUUGUUUCUGAAACUGAACGAUACCCUGAUACUGUUACUCGAACUCAUUGGCAACAUGAAUCUCCUACUGGUCAAGAUAUCUGUUAUACCCGGUCUUGUGGGAAACUUCUUGGCAAAGGCAAUACUGGUAAACAACACUGUAGAAGAGACAAACCUAUCAAUCAUUCAUCACUUAUCAACAACUUGGAACCAUCAGAUUCUGCCUCUUCAUCAAAUGUUAGUGUCAGUAGUGGAACUCUAUCACCAAGAUCAUCAUCCAGCAGUAGCAAUACAAACAGUAUUCUUAGUAUGAAGUUGAAAUAUCGUGAUGGUGAACAAUCUAUUACGAAAUGGCAAGAUGACAAAGGAAUCAAAAAAUGUCCUAUAUGUUCACGCAAAAUACAAUUUGAAGAAUCAUCAAGACCUUUACCUAUCUUUCAACUGUAUAAUCAGUUAACAAUAGCUCGACAAAAUAUUGAAAAGCUACUUCCAACAUUUCAUUCUAUGAUAUUGAUGUUAGAACAAGAAAAGAUCGUACAGCAAUCUCACGAAAGUUAUAAAAAAGCAGCCAUGAUAAGGAAAUCUUUAUUGGAUAACUUUGCACUCUAUGAUACUUUAGUGAAAAGUGUAAAAUCCCUUCCUGCUCAAACUGGAUCUAUGAAACGACUACAGGCCAAUAUAUGUAUAGCAGCCAAUCAAUAUCUUCAACGAAAUAUGCUCCCUCUUCAAAUGUUACCAAGGAUUCUCAACACAACAAGUUCACAUGAAAAAUCAAAGAGGAAGAAAAAUAAUAAUAAUAAUAAUAAUAAUAAGAAUGGACAACAGGAUGAACUUUUAAUACAACUACAGGCAUUUAAGGAACAAGUAGUAUUGGUGCAAGGAUAUAUUGUGGAAGCGAAAAACAAUCGAAAAUAUGACGAUGUCAAAUCUCUUACCAUCAGCUUGAAUGAAUUACAAUUAGAAAUCGAGCGAUUAUCAAAACAAGUGGAUUCAUGA